CACCCUUGCGGACGCGCGGAUGCGCUGAACAAAAAGACGACGAAGAAGAAGAAGAAGAAGCUGAACGAAGAAAAAAGCAUCAAAAGAAGUGAAGCGGCUCUACCACCCCGACCACCUUCCUUCACAGGAAGGACGCCGUUUUCAUGAAGAAGACGGUCAAAAUAUUACUUAUUCUGAUCACAGUAUUUCUUAAAGUGCACUGCAAUGGUGGUCACGAUGAUGAAGCUGCAGAUUUUUUGAGCCAUACAAAUAUAGAUGAUCCAAACAAUUCUUCAGAUCCAAACAAGAACUCAGACCAAGGCGACACCAUGGGAGAGGACGAAGAUCGGCUGGUCAUAGAUCUCUUCCGAGAGUACAACUUUUUGAUUAGACCCGUCAAAAAUGUUAGCAGCCCACCGGUGGUCGUCGAUUUUGGAGUUGCAAUGAUACUUCUGAUCAAUGUCGAUGAGAAGAAUCAGAUUUUGCAAACAAAUGUGUGGUUGACAAUGAAAUGGAACGACUUCCAAUUGGCAUGGAAUCCAGCGGAAUAUGGAAACAUCUCCAAUCUUCACGUUCCAUCCGAUAGGGUGUGGCUGCCAGACAUUGUCUUGUUCAACAACGCCGACGGAAACUACGAAGUUUCCUUCAAAUCCAACGUCUUCGUUGACCACCACGGAGAUGUGACAUGGGUCCCACCUGCAAUGUUCAAAAGCAGUUGCCGCAUUGACGUCGAAUGGUUUCCAUUUGACGAACAAUGUUGUACAUUGGUAUUUGGAUCGUGGACCUACAACUCUGAAGAAGUACGAUUACACUGGUACAACAAUAUUCAGGCUGUUCAGCUUCAUGACUAUUCCUAUUCAGGAAUAUGGGACGUGAUUGAUGUUCCUGGACAAUUAGUGCACAAACCUGAUUUGAAAGAGAACAAAAUGGUCUUCAAUGUAGUGAUAAGAAGGAAAACCUUGUUCUACACAGUUAUUCUUAUCAUCCCAACGGUUCUCAUGGCAUUUCUGUCAGUUAUGGCAUUUUACCUACCAGUUGAUUCAGGAGAGAAAGUUUCAUUGACAAUUUCUCUACUGCUCGCUCUUGUUGUGUUCUUGUUGCUGGUUUCAAAAAUUCUUCCUCCAACUUCAAACAUCCCACUUAUGGGUAAAUAUCUUCUUCUUGCAUUUGUACUUAACAUUACUGCCGUUGUGGGAACCGUUGUCAUUGUGAAUAUUUACUUUCGCAGUGCACUCUCUCACAAAAUGCCAACAUGGGUUAGAAAGGUGUUUCUUGAGUUUUUGCCUCAUUUAUUAGUGAUGAAACGACCAGAAAGGAUACCUAUUUUCAAUGGGUAUUUUGUAGAAGAGUAUUGUGCUUCGGAAAUUUUUGAUGCAAGCCUUGUUAUGCCGUCUAUGACAGCAACGAUGCUUCCGUUUCUGCAAGUGACAACAAACUUGAAAGCGGCGAGUUCGACGAGUUCCGGACAAUCUUCUGAACACCACGAGAAUUGCUCGAAAUGGAAAAAAAGACUGUCAAUAAGAAUGUCCAAAAGGAGAGCUCCAAGGGCACGCCUCGAUGACGAUAGCGAAGACAUAAUUGACGAUACAAACGGAAAUCAUGUUGAUUCACUGCAAGAAAAAAUCAGCAAAGAAAUGAAAACUACGGUGGAAGCCAUCGCGUAUAUUGCCGAGCACAUGAAAAGAGAAAUGAGUUUGAAAAAGAUGAGAGACGACUGGAAGUAUGUUGCAAUGGUGUUAGACAGACUCAUUCUUCUGAUAUUCUUUGGAGUAACGUUAGGUGGAACAUUGGGAAUUAUUUGCUCAGCGCCACAUGUGUUUGACUUUGUGGAUCAGGAGGCAAUCAUAAGCAAACUAAAUGCUAAAUACCUACCGUCUGAUAUGUAUUCUUAAUUGGUUUUCCUCUACUCAGAAUCACUAGGCAAUACUGUUCAAAACACGUAUUUGGGUAGUUGUUUUAUAUUUUCUGGUUUCAUUUUUACUGGUUCGAUGUUCAAUUUUCAUUUCAUUUCUUUUCAAUUGCUCUUUCUUUUUUAUAAUAAACUUUCCUAGUUUGAGU